CGGCUACGUGAGCCGCUCGGCCGACCCCGCGCCGGGGCCGGGCCGCCCUGAGAGCCGCCGCGGAGCCUGCGGCGCCGGAGCCCCGGGCCAUGCGGCCCCCGCCGCCGCCGCUGUCGCUCCUGUCGCUGCUGCUGCUGCUCGGCGGCCACGGCACCGCCGCGCCCCCGGCAGACUCUCUCUCCCAGCUGCCAGCUCCUCGAAACCCGAAGGUUCACCUGUACAACGCCGAGCAGGUUUUGACUUGGGAGCCGGGGUCCCUGAGCAAUGACAGCAGGCCGGUGGUCUACCAGGUGCAGUACAAAUACUUCUCUGGCAGUAGGUGGUAUGACGCCAACGACUUAGGUAUGAACUGUAUGAACCUUACCAAGCCGGAGUGUAACUUCACCCCGAGCAGCCUCUCAACGGGUUUCCCACCACAUUUCAACAUCUCUUUACGCGUCCGAGCUAAGCUGGAGGACCUGGUUUCCCCCUGGCUGACAGUGCCUUGGUUCCUGUCCUGUUGGAAUGUUACCGUUGGGCCUCCUGAGAACAUCUGGGUGACACCGGGAGAAGCCUCCCUGACCAUCAGGUUCUCCUCUCCCUUUGACAUCCCUCCCGACCUGGGCUAUUUCCAGUACUAUGUCCAUUACUGGGAAAAGGCAGGAAUCCAAAAGGUUAAAGGUCCUUUCAAGAGCAACUCCGUCGUGUUGGAUGGCUUGAAACCCUUAAGAGAAUACUGUUUACAAGUGAAGGCGCAUCUCUUUCGCACAUCUUGCAACACCUCUAGGCCCGGCCGCUUAAGCAACAUAACUUGCUACGAAACAAUGAUGGAUGCCACUACCAAGCUUCAACAAGUCAUCCUCAUCGCCGUGGGAGUCUUUCUGUCGCUGGCGGCGCUGGCGGGGGGCUGUUUCUUCCUGGUGCUGAGAUACAAAGGCCUGGUAAAAUACUGGUUUCACUCUCCGCCAAGCAUCCCGUCACAAAUCGAAGAGUAUCUGAAGGACCCAAGCCAGCCUAUCCUAGAGGCCCUGGACACGGACACAUCGCCGACGGAUGAUGCCUGGGACUCGGUGUCCGUCGUUUCGUUUCCAGCGAAGGAGCAAGAAGAUGUUCCCCAAAGCACUUUGACCCAAAACUCUGGUGUGGUCUGCUAGCCUGUGGGGUGAGGCUCUGAGCCGAGGAAGCUGCUGAUGUCCAUGUCAGCACUUUACGGAGCCCGGUCCUCCAUAUUCCUGUCCCCAAAAGGCCUGUCAGUGCCUGGGAAGAUGUAACGGGUCUCAUGGGGGUGACAAGCUUAUUGAUUUUUUUCUUCAAACUAAGAGUUUCCUAAUCACACGCGUUUUCAGAAUAAUUCUACAGAUAUGUCCCCGAAAGAUUAAGGUUUCUCUUAAACACUAAAAAGACAUGUAAUUAUUUGUUAGCAAAUGGGCGUCUGGCGCGCCUCUGACACUUUCUCGUCAGCAGCCAGGACAUGAGGUCCCCUCCUUGAUGAAGCCCCUUGGGCAGAUCAUGUCACCCAUCCCAGCCUGUCCCAAGAAGGGACAUUAAGUGGCCCUUCUUCAUAUCCAAACACCUGGCUUGAAAUGUGAUUAGUCCUGUAAAUAGUUUCCCAGAGAUUAAGCCUUUUUUUUUUCCAAGUUAGGAAUAAAAGACUAUAAUUAACUUUUUAAAAGUCA